AUGUCAUCCUCUCGGAUCAUCGCAGCGAUUAUUCUCGGGGGCGUGGUCAUCACGGCCCAUCUCGCCCUCACCAAACAAGCGGAAUGGAACGGAACAAUUUCCCUCGAACAUCUCCUGACCUACACAAACCGAGUCCUGCCAAAUACGAGCAUCCCCAUGAAGAUUCCACAGACUGGCAUCGCGACAUUGGACAACUAUUUGGCCUUCAUGAACUCGUUCUUCUAUAUCUCUCUAGAUGCAAGAAAUGUCCGGGCUCAUUGGCAAGGAAAUCACCUUAUCGGAACGCUUUCCAGCAUCUGGAUCAUCAUGCUUCUUGAGACACACCGAACGGAUAGGUCGGCCCUCUUCACGUUCAUGACCUACUUCCUCGAAUUCAUGGGUGAGCUGCUUGGCAUAGGACUCUUCACUCCCAUUUGGUGCAUUGUGCACAUGUUCAUGACAUCCGACAAGAACGCUAAAAGGAGUCUCUCGAGUCUCAGCCCGCUUGGAUUUGCCAUUCUCUUCGGCCACGUGGCGCCGACUCUGCUCAUGCUCCGAACCAAACCUGACGGAGAAGGCCUGGCAUCACAGCAGAUUUGGACAAUCGCUCGGCUAUUCCAUCCGAUCUUCGUCUUUGUCAUUUACAAGGUGUUCUCCGUUGCGAUGGGCCCUUCAGCUUCAAACUCUUCUGGCCCCGCCUCUCGAAGGAUCUUCUACAUGUUCAGCAUUCUCGCUUCGUCAUUUUUUCACGUCUCGUCUCUGGCCUACCUACUCGCGCCACAAUCCUUUCCUGGCUGGCUCAACGAUGGGACCGUUACCGCUUUGAACCCAUGGAAGGUAUUGGCACCAGUGCCAUUCUGGUCGGAAAGUGUGGUGCAGAAAGUAGAUCUCGAGACCGGCGUUGCAAUCUUCCUGCAGUGGGACUGGAUGUGCUCAUCUGCGGCGAUUAUGAUUUGGGCGGCGGCACUUUACAGUGAGAUUUCCGCCAAGACGUCGAGGAGCGGGCUGGAGAUGCUGGGUCAGAGUCUAGUGUUCGCUAUAUUAGCUGGGCCGGGAGCAGCAGCCGCGUUCUUGAUGCAAGAGCGGGAAGCUGCCCUCCAAGCGGAAGAAGCAAGUGAGAAGAAGACUCAGUAG